AACCUGCCCUGCCCCUCCCGGCCUGGGAGCGAGUCCUGGGCUCCGCUCCCGUCCCGCUGGAGCCGGGACCUGCAGCUCAGGGGAUGGCAGAGGGGACAGAGCCCUGCAGCUCAGGGGAUGGCAGAGGGGACAGCGCCGAGCACCGGGACCAUCCCGUGUCCCACCCUGGAGCCGCUCCCAGCUGUGCACAGGAACGGGAAUGCUGGGAUUGUUGGGAUGCUGCAGGUGCUGGCUCCGUGUCCCUGGGGGGAACGUGGCCAUGGCCACUCUGCUCCCGGCGGGCAGGAGGCUCCUCGGGCUGUGGCCAGGGGGUCCCUGUCCUGGAGGGGACAGUCUCUACCUCCAGGCUGGCUGUCCCGGGGGGGCACAUUCCCUGCGGGAGGUGCCAAAUGCUGCAGCCUCCUGGGUGCCCCUCUGUCCCCUCCGGGAGAUGGGGACCAGACCAGCCCCGGGAUGAGGGUCCCCUGUGGCUGAAACCACACGGGGCUGGGGCAGGCCUGGGACAGCGGCCCUGCAAGUGCCACCUGGUCUCUGCAGGGUCUCCUUUGCACAGGUCACACCCCACCUCCACCCCCUCAGGGCUCUCCUCCCUCCAACCCCCCCACCCCCGGGUGCCCCCUUUGUGCUCUGCCUGUGCCCAGCCCUGGGGGGCAGCUCCUGUCCCUGUCCCUGUCCCAGCCCCGCUGUCCCCUCGCUGCUGCUGCCCCUCAGUGCCGGGGGUGGCUCUCGGUACCGAACCGGCUCCUGCAGCCCCCCCGCCCCCGCACUGGUGUGAACUGGGGGUUCUGCGUGGGGGACCCCAGAGGGCACCGUGGGGUCACUGCGGCCCCACUGCCGCCCGGGACCCCCCAGCACCCCCAGGACUGACCCCCCCAGCUCCGCCAGCCCCUCCACCCGUCUUGUUUUUAAAGUCCAGCGUUUUAUUUCAGUGCAGAGCUCUUUGUACAGUCGCCCCGUUCCUCUGUACCAUCCUGGCUGUGCAGGUGUAACACGGAGGUUUUGUAACUUACCUGAGCAGUUGUAGAUUAUUGAAGUUUCUGUACAUUGUGUCAAACAUGCAGAGUCCUUGUAUUGUAUUUGUGCCUAGAGGAAAGGUUAUUCUAUAAAGAGAAACUAACGGAAUUUAAUAAAAAAAUUAAUAUGA